UGCCUACAUAAAAUUUAUUUUGACAAAUGUAUUUCAUAAAAUGUUAAUCGCCGAUAAGUGAAAUAGUAUCCACCAUGAUCUGGUUCCUGGCAGUCGUUUUCAGCGCUGUAGCAGCAGGAUGCUGUGCCAAAGACCUGGAGUUUCCUCCAGGGUUCAAGUUCGGAGCAGCUACUGCGUCGUACCAAGUCGAGGGGGCUUGGAAUGUCAGCGACAAAGGUGUUAGUAUUUGGGAUAAGUUCGUUCAUGACGACCCGGCUACGAUCGUGGACUUGAGCAAUGGAGACGUCGCCUGCGACUCCUACCACAACUGGGAGAGGGAUGUGGAGAUGGCUGCUGAACUGGGGCUUGACUAUUACAGAAUUUCGCUAUCCUGGCCUCGCAUCCUCCCCACUGGCUUCCCCAACAAGAUCAGUGAAGACGGAGUGAACUACUACAACAAGCUGAUCGACGGUCUCCGGGCGAAGGCCAUCGAACCUAUGAUUACUUUAUACCACUGGGACCUGCCACUACCAUUGCAGGAAUUAGGUGGCUGGACUAACCCCCUCAUCGCGGACUGGUUCGAGGACUACGCGCGGGUUGUGUACACGCACUUCGGCGACCGCGUCAAGCUGUGGCUCACGGUCAAUGAGCCCAUAGUCAUAUGCGACGCUACUUACAACUCAGGAGUAUCUGCCCCCGGAUAUCUCAGCCCUGAUAUUGGAUCCUACAUAUGUAACAAAAACAUCUUGUUGGCCCAUGCUAAGGCAUGGAGGCUUUACGAUAAGGAAUUCAAGCCUAAGUAUAAUGGAAGAGUAUCUCUAGCCAACCAUUUAUUGUGGUUCGAACCUUAUUCAGAAGAAUACACCGACCUUGCAGAACUUGCCCUACAAAAUUCGGCGGGGAGAUACUCCCACCCAAUCUUCUCCGAGGCAGGAGGCUGGCCGCCAGGCGUGGAGGAAGUUAUCGCUAAAGUUUGCUUAGAGAAAGGAUAUCCCAGGUCUACCUUCCCGUCGUUCUCAAAAGAAGAAAUUGAGUUGGUUAAAGGAACAUACGACUAUUACGGCAUGAACCACUACACGAGCUCUUCCCGACGAGGAGCUGACAGCCUGGCCCUUCGGAGACGCCCCAGACCUACACGGGAAGACACUCUGAACCCUGAAGGUCUCCGCAAGCAGAUGGCGUGGCUGAAGCAGCAGUAUGGUGACCUGGAGAUCAUGAUCACAGAAAACGGACUCCCCACGUAUGAUGGUCUCAACGAUACCACGAGAGUCGACUUUUACAAAACGCAUCUGGAACAGGUCUUGCUGUCAAUUCAUGAAGAUGGCGUGAACGUUACCCACUACACAGCCUGGACGCUCAUGGAUAACUUUGAAUGGGCUGAUGGUUACACCAUUAAGUUCGGUCUGUACGAGGUGGACUUCACCGACCCGAAGCGCACGCGCACGCCUCGCGAGUCCGCCUACUACUACUCUUUACAUUUCUGUUCAAGCGCUUUGUUGGGACUGUCGUCUGCCUCAGACCUGACCUUCCCGCCAGGAUUCAAGUUCGGAGCGGCGACAGCUGCUUACCAGGUGGAAGGGGCUUGGAAUGUCAGUGAUAAAGGCGAGAGUAUUUGGGAUCACUACAGCCAUGGCCCACGCAGCAUGAUCCUGAACCACGAUACCGGAGACGUCGCCUGCGACUCCUACAACAACUGGGAGAGAGACAUCGAGAUGGCUGCGGAGUUGGGCUUGCAUUACUAUAGGUUCUCCAUAUCGUGGCCUCGCCUUCUCCCCAAAGGUUUUGACUACAAGAUCAGUGAAGAUGGGAAGGCCUACUAUAACAAACUGAUCGACGGUCUACUACAGAAGGGUAUAGAGCCAAUGAUUACGCUCUACCACUUCGAUUUACCCCAAAGUCUUCAGGAUCUUGGUGGUUGGACCAACCCCCUCAUUGCCGACUGGUUCGCGGACUACGCGAGGGUUGUCUUCUCCCUCUUUGGCGACCGCGUGAAGAUGUGGCUGACCAUCAAUGAGCCGAUCGUCAUCUGUGACAUGACGUACAAGGCUGGUUACAACCCUCCUGCGAUAUACAGCCCUUACUUCGGGGCUUAUUUGUGCAAUAAGUACAUUUUAAUGGCCCAUGCUAAGGCUUGGAGGGUUUAUGAUGAGGAGUUCAAGGCAAAGUAUCACGGAAAGGUAUCCUUGGCUCAACACCUGCUUUGGAUCGAACCCGCUACAGACUCUGACAAAGAUCUCGCCGACAUUGCCAUGCAGGCUAGUGCUGGUAGAUAUUCGCAUCCCAUAUUUUCAGAGGAAGGAGGCUGGCCACCAGCUUUAGAGAAAGCAGUGGAAGAGCUCAGCAAGAAACGAGGAUUACUCAAAUCUGUACUUCCGCCAUUUACACAAGAAGAGAUUGAGUUGGUCAAAGGUACCCAUGACUUCUACGGUUUCAAUCUCUACACCAGUCGACUUAUCAAGGCGAAGACUGAGGACACAGUUGAUCGCUGGCCGCAGACAGACGCGGCGGACCUCGGGGCUGUACUACUGGAGGCUAAUGAGUGGGGGAAAUCAUCGGUUAAUUGGUUGUCUGUGCAUCCCGAAGCGAUCCGCCGCCAAUUAAACUGGCUGAAGAAGAAUUACGGGGAUCUGGAAUACGUCAUCACUGAGAACGGAAUGGCCACAAGUUCUGGUCUACAGGAUGAAGACAGAGUCAAUUAUUACAAGAAAUAUCUUGCACAGGUGUUACUUGCUAUUAAAGAAGACGUAAUAAAUGUAACUCACUACACAGCCUGGAGUCUCAUGGAUAACUUUGAAUGGAUGUACGGAUAUUCCGUUAGAUUCGGAUUGUACGAGGUGGACUACUCGGAUCCCCAGCGCAAGCGCACCCCGAGGCAGUCAGCAAAGUACUACGCAAACGUGAUCAAAAGCAACUCGUUUGACGUGCCGAGUGAAUAGUUCUAUUCAUAUCAUUAUAUUUGUCUUAAAAAUGUAUUGAAAAGAUGUAGAUAUAUUAUUUAAAGACAAAGUCCAGUUGUAAUAAUACGUAUCAUUGUCCUUUCUGAUGUUCAGAAAGGUAUAAUUUGACAAAACCUUGAUUUAUCAGGUUAGUUCUGUGAAAAUGUAAAACGUCCAAAAUAUGUACCAACAUUUUAAUAAAAUAAACUUAUGAAGCAUU